AUGUUCGUCCCCCAGUCGCCCCUAUCAGUGCCCAUGGAGUCGCCCCUAUCAGUGCCCAUGGAAGUGAGCGUGGUGCUGGUGGGGCUGGACGGCGACGGGGCGUACCGCGUGGACAUGGAGGGCGAGCAGCUGGAGUACCUGCUGCACCACGGCUUCAGCUACCACCGCCCCGCCUGCUGGGAGACGCGCCGCGAGAUGCUCGUGCAGCACGAGCUCAGCUACAACGUUGUUAAGGCAUCAGAGGAGAACCUAGUGUCGCUAGAGAAAGCCGUUCGCUCCAAUUUGAAGCCUGCGCCCGGCUCUGCUGCUGCUGCUGCUGGCAGCAACACCACGGUGUACACAGUGGAGGAAGCAACGAGCAUAGGGCCCUCGUGCCUGGAGAAUCAGCUUCGCUUUCUGCCUCUGCCACCACCCCGUUGUGUGUUCAUGCCCCCACCCCAGGUGUACACGGUGGAGGCCACGAGCAUAGAGCCCACGUUCGACCGCAUGUACUUGGAGCUCUUUGAGCAGCCUGCUGAGGGCGAGGGGGAGGAGGGGGGGAGCGCGGGGGAGAACCAGCCGCACAAGGCGAUUGCCGUCUUCCUGUGUAACCUGGACAAGGUUUGCGAAGGAGGAAGGAGGCACCAGUUGCAUUGCAACGGUCCUGAUUCUGCUGCUAUCAACUCCGUUCUUCCUGUCUCCGUCACGACUCACUCCCACCCACCACCGCCCUCAGGCCAGGCCCUGGCGCCCCGCCACAUCGGGCUGUCUGAGCUGCAGCUAGAGGCACCACCAACGCGCAUGGACCCGUCACGCCCACCGCCCUCAGGCCCCGCCACAUCGGCCCUGAGUGAGCAGCAGGUGGAGGAGCAGGAGGGCGGGUACUCGUAUGCAUACUCGUACCAUGGCGCAGGGCACGCACAGACGUGGCUCUCCCACGCCAGCGCACGCUCAGGCGUGGCUGGCUGUCCUAUGGCAGGUGGGGUGGGGCUUGAGCUGGUCAGGGAACAAGGAGAGUGGGGGGUCGGAUACGUGGUGAUAGACCUCUCGGCCGGCCCAGUCACAUUCGGCCAUCUGGGCGAGGCAGAGGGUGCAGUGGUGCCUGGCACCAUCCCCCGCGUGCGCUCCAUGUUCCUUCCUGACCAACCCACUCUCUCCUCCUCCUCCACCUCAUCCGCUGCCACCGCCGCUGCUGGCAAUGCUGGUGCCGCUGCGGCUGCGGCUGCAGCGGCAGCAGCGGCGGCGGCGCUGCACGGGGCAGGGAAGCCGCAGAGCAAGGAGUUCUUCUCGGGUGCUCUGGCGGAUGUCGUGUCGUCCGCUGUGGAGCACCUCUUCUCACCCGACGUCCGAUUUUUGAACGUAGACGUGAGUCACAGGGUGCUGGUGGCGGUGAUAGUGCUGUCCAACCACCGCCACUUCAACCCCCUCGCACCGGGCCAUGCCCAUUCCAUCAACCUGCACCAGCUCGAAGCACAGAUCACAGGCAUGCUGGCCCCGGGGCAGGAGGUGGUGCUGGUGAACGGGUGGCACUCGCUGCACGACCACGAGCGGCUGGCCAUGGCGGUAGAGAAGUCCAUCCGCCACCAGUCCGUACUGCUCACCCACACCGAUGGCUCCACCUCGCACGGCACCAGGAGCUUCCUUGAUGCUCCCUACCUGCUGCACCAAUUCCACGAGUCGGCUGACAUGCUCGCGUCUGCGCUGCUAGAGGCAGCGCACCCUGCUCUCUCCGCCUCGCUCUUCCUUGAAGACCCGGUUCGUACCCUGCACCCUGCUCUCCCUUCCUGUUGCCCUAUUCUGCCCGCGCCCCUUCCUUAUUCUUGCUGUUUGCACAGUCCUUUGGUUCUGUUCUGUUCCCGCCUCUACCUCCUCCGUCCACGCCUUGUGAGACACGCGAGCCAACUUUCACGCCCCCCUCCCUACACACUUCCUCCCACCCCCUCUUCCUUCCACCCCGUCCAACCCACCCACCCCACGCACUCCCUUCCCCCCCAACAACCAGGCAGCAGCAGUGGAGGCGGCGGACGAGGCUGCAAGUGCCAGCGAGGAGGACAGUGUGGUGCCCACGUCACCGCCGUCCCCUUCCAAGAUCACUACAUAAGCUCAAUUUCCCCGUCCUCCCCCCUCAAUCCCCCCAUACUCUCCCCCCCCCACCCUCUCCUCCUACCCUCCCUCCUUCCCUCCCCCUUCCCCCCCAACAACCAGGCAGCAGCAGUGGAGGCGGCGGACGAGGCAGCCAGUGCGAGCGAGGAGGACAGUGUGGUGCGCACGUCGCCCCCUUCCCCCUCCAAGGCCCCGCCGCGCCGCACCAUUCUGCCGGUGAAGCGGUCGUGGGAUGCGCACGUGGGGCUGAAGGAGCGCACCAAGAGCACCGCCCGCCGCGCCGUGGAUGCAGAGCUGGCGAGGGAGCACGGCACACGCGUGCUCCCUCUGUGUGCUGUCGCAGACGGGCAUAUAGGAACAGCUGAUGGUGCCAGAACACCCCCUCCCCAUGCUUCUCUCCCCUUGCGCCGUCUCUCCCCCUCGCCUUUGCGUUGUCGUUGCUUUGUGCUGUCACUAGCGGGCAUAGAGGGGCAGCUGACAAUGGCGGAUGAGGAGGGGCAGGGCGCAGGGCAGCAGGUGUAUGCAGCACCGGAUGCCGUGCUCGUGCUGCAGACAGCAGAGAACAACACCGUACGCACACGGUUUGUGUCAGAGGGCCAGCCAGUGUUUGUGUCACCACAGCACCUGCAGCGCCCACUCACAGCAGGCGUAGCAGCAUCGCUGGGAGGACUCGUGGCACCCUAUGAAGACCUCAAUGUGCACAGGCAGCGGUGCAUGCGGCGCAGCUGGGUGUGGGCGGUGGGGCACCACCCGUUCGGCCCGGUGUCCAACACGUCGUCUCUGAGCGCGCUGCUCAAGGACAGCAUCCUCAUGAACGCCGUGUACUCCCGCGUUGACAUCUCCCUUCGCUCCCUGCACCACUGCAUCCAGGCUAUAGAGGACUUCUCCAACACGUACCUGUUCGCGGCGCUGGGCAACGAGGUGCACCACCCCACGCACUCGGACGCACACGGCAGCACCAACAGCACGGCCAGCAGUCUCAAGGCGGUGCUCAAGGCACUGGAGUCGAUCUAUUCAGACCCUGCGCGGUCCUCGCUGCCCAUACCGCACUCUGUCGUGGAGCGACUCACACACAGCCUCAAGGAGGCGGAGGAGCAUCUAUCGAAGCUGAGCUCGCACCUGUACGAGCACGAGCUGGCGGACGCACACCACCUCUCGCGCUCCCUCUUGCACUUCACCCACGGCUUCCACCACUACGUGGAGGAGGAGCUAUCGCACGCGCACGAGGCGAUGCGGUGCUGCCGCAUAGAGCACCGCUUCCCCUCGCGCACGGCGGGCGCUCUGCUGUACGGCUCCAUCCUGCUGGCGGGCUUUGCCGUCUACUUCCUUGUCAUCUUCUUCUCCGCUGCCGAGCACUGA